AUGGCAACUGCCUGUAUUGUUUUCAUUGUGGUAUGGUGGUUGGACAGGAAAAGUCCCCUGGGUUAUCGUUACAUACUUAAGGACAGUGACGAGGAAGGAUUCACAUUACUAGAUUCCAUCAGUUACGUGGGUGGCGUGACAUUUGGAAAAGACAUUGGACCCCAGAGAACUCCGCGAAGUACCAGUUCGAGGCUGGUGUCUUGUGUGUACUCCUUUCUCGCUCUUAUCCUGAUCAACUCGUACUGUGCUAACCUGACAGCAUUCCUUGUGAAAGAGAAGGUUGAUCUUCCAAUAAGUGGGAUUGAUGAUCCUAGGCUUAUCUCAGAACCCGUCACGUUUAUGGUUGGUGCGGUGAAAGGUUCCAAUGAAGAAGACUAUUUCAGACAUCACGUUAACCCAUCAUUCCGUAAAAUUUAUGAGGUAAAUCUGCAAAAGAACACAUUGAAAAGCCUAGAUUAUGGAGUAACACUGAUGAGAAAUGGCGUCAUUCAAGGGUUAGUUGGAGAUUAUCUAACUCUGAGAAAAAUCGUGCACUCCGACAGGAACUGUACGUUCAGUUUAAUAAAAGAUCACACCUUUAAAUCAGGAUACGGUUUCGCGCUACCAAAGGACUCCCCCUGGGUGAAAGAUGUUUCUCUUUCCGUCCUUAAACAUCAAGAAAACGGGUCAGUGAAAUCGAUCGAGGAUCGAUGGUUUCCCAAGAGCACUUGUAGUGAAAUCAAGCAUCGACCGUUUUUUCCAAUCCAUUUUUCCAGUCUUUUCUGGGUUGUGCUUACCGUCAUGGCAUUCUCAGUGCUUGCUCUACUCGCAGAAAUACUCAUCGCGUUUAUCUUGGUUAAGUAUGGCAAGAUGCUUGGGCCCUUUGGACGGCUCCUAAAGAGAUUUUUGUUUGAUGUGAAGAGAGGAGAGGAGGAUUUGCUUACGCUCCAUUACCCUGGAAAGCAAAAGACCAGCAAUUAUGGUAUCACUGAGGGACCCUUUACUUACCAGAACCAAGGGUUUGUGGACGAUUAUGACUUGGAAAGAAGUUUCGCCUCCAAGCGAUAG